UUGGACAGAAAUUAUUAUUCGAUGUGUCCACAUGCAGCUGUUAGCUUAAGGUGUGACGAUGUGGGUUGCGAAGUAAGGGAGAUCACUCCAUGUGCCAACAAGAAGGUGAGAAUUAUGAAUUACAGCUGGUUGGCGUUUGAAAACAGAAAGCUGUCUUAAAUUAUCGCACAUUACUACAGUCCUAGAGGAAGUUAUGGUUCAUAUGGUUUUAAAAGUAAUAUAAUAUAUAGAAAGAAAUAUAUUAUAGUUUUUGCAAUGCUUGAUAUUUCUUAAGGCGCUACAUACCGUGGAUCAUAACUAAAGCGUCAUGCUGACUCUAGGAUAUCACAGUCUGUCCAAAGAACCAGUCGACAAACACCUGUAUUUCCUUGACCAUAAUGUGGUUUAAUACUUCUACAUUACAGUAUGGAGCUUGAGCGUCUUGAAGAGAAAUUUGAACUUUUGAGAAAUGAACAUCAAGCAUGUCGGAGAAAACUUGACAGUAAAUGCGAGGCAUUGUUGAUUUUAAGUCGGGAGAUGGAUCAGUGUCGCAGUGAGCGAGAUCAGUUCAAGCUAAUGGCUGAGCAGUUGCAGGAACGCUACCAGACUCUGAAACGGCAGCUAGCUGGCAAGGGUUUUGGUGGCACCUCUUUCUACAGUGGAGAUAGGCCUGACUGUAGAGCAGAAGGACAGAAUAUUCACAAGUUGCUCUCUGAUUCUCGGGAUCAUAGCAAAUCAUUACAAUUUGAAGUGGAUGAUAUGAAACAGAAACUUUCUGAUGCUCAGGGAGAUAUCAAGCUGUUGCGAGAACAGAUUGCACGGCAGCGAGUUGGUACCACAGAUGAGGGUAUCAACACUCGGCAUUUUCCAGCCUAUGAGAGAGAAGACCUUGUACGGCAACUGGAAUCUCAAAAGGAAAAGUAUCUACAGCUGGAGCGAGACCUGCAACAUGUACUGGAUGAGAAAGAAGAACAAGAGACUGAAAGAGAUGCUUACAAAACGAAGUAUGAACGCUUAAACCAGGAGCUGAACUAUAUACUGAAAGGAGAUGAGAGACGAAUUCUUGAUAUCGAUGCCAUGGUCAUGGAGAAUCGGUAUUUACAAGAAAGACUCAAACAAAUGGAGGAGGAAAAAACAAUGGCAAUGGCAACCGCUUCCAAGUAUAAGAAUAUUCUAGAAAGAAAGAAAAGUAAAGGAGGUUUAAAGUUUGGUCAAAAUCGAAAUGACAGCUUGGUCAUUAGCCAGAAGCAAGUCCACCAUUUGAUUGAAGAUAAGAAAUAUACAGUUCCAAGUGUCCAGGCAAUGGCAGAUCUUCGGGGCUUAGCCGUUGCUCUCUUAGAAACUAUCAAUGACAAAAAUCUAGCUUUAUCUCAUCAGCGGAAAACAAACAAAAUAUUGGGGAAUAGAAUUGCAGAAUUGGAAAAAAAACUGCGAACAUUAGAAGUUUCUGGUUUAUGGAACAUUGGAAGUGUUAUUGAUUUGCUCAGCACUGACACAGACACAAGUCCAUCAGGUCCCCAUCCAGUCCUUGCAAAGAUCCGGUCAGAAUAUGAGGAAGUGAAAUCCUUGUUACCCGAUGUCUCUUCACCAGAAAACAAAUCUGAGCCUGAUGGCGCUAUAUACGAUAAAGACACUGAAGAAGAUACUGAAACACUGGAGACUUUGAGUACUCCUGCAUCCACUGUAGAUAACAGCCCUUCCCAUAGCAAUCAACAAACUCCAUAUAAAGUUGUCUCACUCACAGACCUAGAUUUACUUCCAACUAAAGAAAUUCUAAAUCAGCAAUCCUUAGAAAAAAGUGAUGGAGAAAUUUCAGCAAACAGUUUGGACCUAAAAUUUUUCGAUUAUGACUGUUUUUUAAAGGAUUCUAAAAUUGAUGAAGAUCCAGAAAUAAGGAAUGAGAGUCUUUCGAAUUAUGAAGAAAGAGAUGAACCUGAAAAAGUUCUAGAAGCAAAUGUGUCUGAUCCUACAGAGAUGAAACUUUGGCAGUUGGUUGAGACAGCUACAUCAAAAGUGUCACACAGGCAGAAUACUCAAGUGAACAAAUCUCAAGAUGGUUGUGGCACUGAAGCCAGUCAUCCAUCUGCUGUUCAUCAAUCUGAAUCACAUGAAUCUCAAGAUAACACUGUCCAACCAGACUUGUUAGAGAGGCACAACUUGUCUUCACAACCUAAACAUGCAUUACCAACAUCUUCGAGUUUAUUUCAGGACGGAACCAAUUCUCACAAUAUCAAUGUUCAAGUCUAGCUAGUCUUAGCACUUUGAUAGUUUUCGGUUACUCUAAAGUUAAUAACUUAUUUUUUAAGCAAAAAUAAGAAAUUCUCCUUAAAACACUUUCGUAGAAAAUUUUCAAGUUAAAUUUUUAUUUAAUAUUUUAAAACUAUUUUUUUUUAACCAUUAUCCCAUGCUAAUAUGGGUGAGGUAGGAUAUUGUUAUGUAUUGUUAUUGAUAUUGUGGGGGAUUUUAGUGGGGUGGAGAUUGGCAAAUUUACAAUUUAAUCACAAACUACUUAACCAUGACAUAAAAAGAGGUACCAAUUUUCAAAGCCACCUGAACAAAUUAUUAAUAUACAAAUUGCUCAAUCUUUCAGUAAUAAUAUAGGAGGAUUUUCAUUAAUUAUUCCUUCAUUAUUUCUAAUAAUCAGUUUUAAUCUUCUAGGAUUAGUUCCCUAUGUAUUUAGACAUUUAGCUAUACCAUUCUUACCAAGAUAGUGUGAGGUGCCACAAAUACAAUAAAUUUGAACUUUUGAACAUGUGAUUUAUUGUAUAUAAUACUUUAACAUCACUGCUACUCUCUCUAUGAUAAUGAGGAAAAACAAAAUCUGCAACUUUCAGUAUAGUUAUUUCAUCAAAAUAUUUGUUGGGGGAGUUGUAAUUAUAGUGCCUAACUUUUACUUCUUUUUGCUGUAAUUUACCUUCCUUUCAACUUCAGAUCAUCGUAAAUAUUGAAUAUAUUCCUAUAAGCAGAAUGCAUUAUUAUUAUGAAGGCUUAACAGUAUAUCUUCCAGUUCUUUACUUUAUUUCUUAUCAGUAUUUCUUGCAGCUCUUUACAGUAUUUCUUUCAUCUCUGAGCUGAAAUGCUGCCAAGGCCAACUUUGCUUUUCAUCUUUUUAGAGUUGAAAAAUAAGUACUAAUUGAGCAUUGGGACUGAUGUAAUCAACUUCCCCAACCCCUUAAAAAUUACUGGCCUUGUGCUAAAAUUAGAAAGAAUCAUUAAGAAGGUAGAAACUGUUAAGUACCAGUAUUUAGUUCUGAGUUCAAAUCCCAGUAAGUGGACUUUGCAUUUUAUCCCUAACAAGCCAUGAACUUGUAUCAAUUUAACUGGCUAUACACUUUGACAUAUGACUUUGUGUCACUGUAAGAAAUUAUGUGUGUUUGAAAUGGAAUCAUGUGUAUCUUAUAAAUUUCAGCUGGUAGAGUCUUUACUUCUCAGGACAGGCUUUACUUAAAAACCUCUAAAUUCAAGAAUAUUCUAACUAUAAAUAACACUUGAAACAAACUUCUAUUGAUGCUGUGUAACUAAUGAGUACUUCAUCAAUUAUGUUAGAAGUAUUUUCAACAUUAAGUUUGGGGUAUACAUUGAGUACUGAAGUAAGCAAGCCAGUUUUGAUUCCUGAGCAAAGUCACUUCAUUUCACUCGCAUGAUUAUUACUUUUGAAAAAGUCAUUACCUCACAAUAAAUCCUUCUUGUUACAAUCUUAUCGCUUUGGGUCUCAGUAAAGAAAUUUCUCUUAUAUUCAUGAAGUGGCUGGUACUGUAAAACUGAUUCCAACUUUGGUUCUGGAUCUCUAUGCAACUACUAUUUCAUUCAACUUAUAAUUGCCAACAAGCUUGCAUUUGUAUGCAAUGUUCAGGUUUAAUAAAUUAAUAUAUUGAGUUUGUGAUAUAUGUAUUAUUGCCAAGGUUUAGAGUAUUUUUACAUGGGGAGGGAGGGGAGAUAAGAUUUGGUUGUUAUUCUAUUUUUUUCUUGUUUUAAUAUACAUUUUUAGAUGAGGAAAAAAAGGACUUUAUCAAAAGUAACAUUUUAACUUGAAACCUGUUGUAUUAUUUUUCAUUUUUUUUUGUUACAUACUAUUCUUGUUACCUUUUUUAUACAAAUCUUGCUAAAUAAGCAAUAAAAUGUGAUUAUAUACUUCAAUCUUAACUUUUCUUGAAAACCUCUUGUUUAUAUCAAAUAUAGAAGUUCUAUUUAGAAUGGAUAAACCUCACUUUACUCCCCAUAUUAGCAAUUAUCUAGGAGGACAGAUAGCUAUCUAACUUAACAAUUUGCAAAAAUUGUCUUCUUCAUGCCAAUUGAACCUAUCAGAAGUAGCAGUCAGAUCUCCCUUAAAUUACAACCUAUCUUCAAAAAAGGAUACAUUGAAUAAGAGGGUUCUAAAUAUUAAUUUCCAGAGUCUCUGAAUCAUGAAGCUUACAUUCUUUUGUCAAAUUAGUGCCCCAUAACUUUCAUCUUUUAGCAUUAAAACUAGCCAUAUCUGGUUCAAAUAUUCUAUACGUUUUAUGAUCAAACUGACCAGAUCUGCCUUCUCACAUUGACCUAACAAUGUCAUUCCAAAAAUAAGCAAUCACGUCAUUGAAAUCUCGAAGCUAUGAUAUAAUGCAUGAUUAAUUUAAAACAAUGUGAAUGAAUGAGGAUUAUAUUUGACAGUGUAAUCUGAAUGCCAGAGUUAAAUUACUUCUUAACAGUGCUUUUGCUCAGACAUCUGUCAAUUAUUUAAAGCCCUCAUUUGAAUUUAUAUCUGUCUAUAAUCUUGUUACACGCACA